GCAUGUGAGUGGGAGUCAUCAUGGCUGCUGUGUGCUGUGCCGGAGAAUGGCUGGUGAUGAGCAGCUCGCACCAUUUAAUAGCUGUGAAUGCUAAAGAGAACAGGGAUUCAUUCCUGUUUGACUGCACCAAAGCAGAGCAGAAGCCAAAGGAAGCUGAACCUGACAAAAGUGAUGGUGGCAGUUCUCAGGAGAAAGGAAGUGACCAGAUUCUCGCUCUCGCCCUGUCAGCGUCAGGACGUUAUGCCGCUCUGACAGACGACAACAAAAGACUGGUUCUGUUUCGCACCCAACCAUCAUGGCAGUGCAUCAGCACGAGGUGGGUGGUACGGAGAUGCACCUCUAUGGUGUUCAGUCAGGCUGAGGAUGAGCUGUUUGUAGCGGAUAAAUCCGGAGAUCUAUAUUCGUUCUCUGUUCUGGAGCCACAGAAAGCGGGCGAGUUGAAGCUCGGGCAUCUGUCCAUGCUUCUGGGCGUUACUCUGUCUCCAGAUGAUAAGUACAUCAUUACAGCAGACAGAGACGAGAAGAUCAGAGUGAGCCUUUGCAGAGCUCCAUAUAACAUCCAGGCGUUCUGUCUGGGACACACGGAGUUUGUCAGUGCCCUGUGUGUUCCAGCUGGACAUCCUGAAUGGCUCGUCUCAGGCUCAGGGGACGGCACAGUGAAACUUUGGCAUUACAAGUCCGGCCGGCGAUUACAGAGCAUCGACCUUCAGGAGCGUGGUGUUUCACAGAGCUCUGAUACGGACACUGGAAAGCCUCAGAGGUUUGCUGUCAGUCGGAUCAUCAGCUCAGCGGACGGACGCCAUGUCGCUGUGCAGUGUGAGAGUUGUCCCUCCAUUAAGCUGUUCACAGUGAAGGAUGGAUUAAAUGAGCACUUGUCUCUGACUGAGACACUCACUCUGCCUCAAAAUCCCUGGGACAUGACCUUUGACCCUCAAGGUCGACUCUGGGUCUUACUGGAGAAUAAGGACACAAAUGUACUUCUGUACACGCACACGGAGGAUCGCUGGCAGCAGGAGGCUGAAAGUCCUGAUCUUCAGCGAGUAUCAGAAACACUGCACACACAGUGGGAGCUCUUUGAAGCCUCCAUCGGAUUGGAGAGUCGUUUCCAUCACCUCUACAAAGUGAACUUCGACAACAUGGCAUCGUAUUUACAGAAGAAAAACGAACGACUCCAGCAGCAGAAUGAGCAGGGAGGAAAGAAGAGAGCAGCACGGCAGGCGAACGGCGCAGCAAAGAAAAGCAAGACAGAUAAUAAAAGCGGAGCCGAUUUACAGAAACGCAGCUCUGAGAGCUAGAACCUGGGCAAGAUGGAGCGGAUUUGGGUUUUUAUUUGUAGGUCGGUGAUUUGGUGGACAUUCCUCUUCAUUUACGUUUCAUCCCAUUAUGUAUCUCACAUUUACAUAUUAUAUUUUUGGAAAUCCAUAAUUUUUUGAAAGAUUGAAAAUGAAUUUUAAAAUAAAUGCUUUUUGUUUCUUGUA